AUGUAUAAUUUCGCUUCCUUUCAAGCAUCUGUUCAAGAUAAAUUACGAAAUGAUGACAAACAAGAUAGUCAACAUCAAAAAUCAAAGAAAUCCGUUUGUUCCUCUUCCUCAAUAGACAGUUGGAAAUUAUUUGACCAUGCCAUGUUAUUAACUUCUCAAGCAACUAUCUUAACUGCAAAUUUUCUCACCCACCAUCUAUCCGGUCCCCGUAAACCUUCUUGGCCAAUACAACUUACGUUAAUUUGUGCCGCCAUGAGAGCCCUAACCGAGCAUACCCACUUGGCUGACGUGGAUAAACUAAGAAUGUUUAUUAGCAUUCCUUUUAUCUUUACCCCUUCGGAUAUCGUUGUUACACCUGUAUCAUUUAGAGUUUUGAAUAGAGGAUUACCUGGUAUAUUAAAGGAUUUAGAAGAUUGUGAAACAGGGAAUCGAGAGAUUAGUGCUGAAUGGGUUGUACCCAAAGGAUUAUGGAGAAAAAUUAACGAUGAUUAUCAUUUAUCAGCUGCUCAUUAUAAGCAUAUAUAUGUUGAUCAAGAUGGUAUUAAAUGGUCAAACGAAAAAGUAAUUUUAUAUCUACACGGUGGUGCUUACUAUCUUAUGUCAGCUAAAACACAUAGAGAAUUAAACUAUCGUCUAUCGAAACCGUGGGUAGAUUUGACGAUGUCAUGCGCAAGUUGGGAUCAAAAUCAACCCUACGAUUAUUUAUUCAAACAAAAAGAUGAUGAUCCAUUACAUCCUGUAAAUCUUUACUUAAAAUCUCAUGAGGAUCGUUCAAAAUUGAUUACUCAUCCUUAUGUAUCUCCGUUAUUUGGUGAAUUACAUGACUUACCUCCGUUAUUAAUACAAUGUGGUGAUAGUGAAGUGUUGAGAGAUGAGAUUUAUUUGUUGGUUCAAAAAGCUUUUGAAACCGGAACUACAUUCGUACAACACGAAGUUUAUGAGGGUUUGUGUUUUAAAUAA